AUGUACCAACAGCGUCACGCACCGCGACUCCCUUGGUCAUGCUGCGACAAAGCUGCCACCGCUCAGAGAGAGAGAGAGAUUCUUGUGCAGUUUCAUGAGAAGCGGGACAAUGGCGGCGCUGCGAAAUGCGCGCACAACAAUGGGUCUUGCAUACAGGACCCCAUGUCUCUCUGCGCCCGUCAAGCGCCUAGCUUUGCAACCCUCGCAAACUUCCCCAGAAAAUUGAAGCUUGAGCCUGCAGCACUCGGACUGCGGCAGAAGGGCGCUCUAGCUGCUUUGGGCAGACUCUGGGGUAAAGUGAACGCUACCGCUGCUACUGCACGUGCUAACCGCAUCCACCCCUGGCGCCGCAUGACCACGGCUUGCAAAACUUUCCCCAGCGCCGUCAAUGCCCGCCUAUCACGCAACGCAUGGGCUCCAUCACUCUAUACUUGCGCUGCGCAUGCCCUUGAUCUCUUCGUACCGCCUACACUGUUGCCGAUACGGCGACGUUGA